UCUCCGCUCGUUCUCACGGUAUAUCCUAAUGUGUUACCUUAGAACACUCUUAGCGGUCAGUAUAAUUCAGACUUCUUUCGCGAAUACGUGUUGUGCUUGUGAUAUAUAUAUAUAAAACAAAAAAAAAUUGUUAUGUGUCAAUUAAUGCGGUUAUUGGAUAUUGAGGCAAUUCGCGAUGCGUUUACCUUAAUGAGGAUGGACAUUUACGAGAAUGACACUAUGUUGUCAUUUAUUCAAAAUGAGUGCAGAAAAGGGCAGUCCUUGAAAGAUAUUUCUGGAAAGCGGGGAGAGUACAUCGAUUUAAAUUCGUGGAGGUCAGCUCCGCGCAGGAGAUGUACAAGGAAUGCUUGGCCCUUGGAUUUUGAUUUGUAUGAAAACUGUCCUAAACCCUUUUCCGAGGCCGUGUGGGUUCAGGAGUAUAAAUACAACUGGGAGUCAGACGAACACCUUGUGCAAGGAUACUGGGCACCGCCCGACUUUCAACAUCCUGCAACUUGCCUAAAUGUAUCACGAGAGUCUGUAGAAACACCCCUCGGGAUCUUGAGGAGAUCCUCAACGGUAAGAGAAUUCAAAGACCUGCCCAUAGUUCCCCCAAGAAUGGGAUACAGGGCUGUUUGGGGCGCCCUGGACUUGGUUUACCGUCAACUCUACAAGCCCGGGGAAUGGGGAGUUUUGGGGAUGCCCAACAAGAAUGGAGCUUGCGAUGGAAAAUUGACCUACAACCCUACUGGGUCAAAUGCUGACGUCUAUUUUCCUGAGGAGGACCAGUAUUUUACCUUGUCUAAUUAAAUUUUAUUACAUUUAAUUAU